UAAGUCGCUCUUCCGGUGUGACGUAAAAAAUACACAGCAGCAAGACAAGAUGACAACACUACGACCGUUCACCUGCGAUGAUUUGUUUAAAUUCAACAAUAUAAACUUGGAUCCUCUGACAGAAACUUAUGGGAUCCCAUUUUACCUUCAGUACCUUGCUCACUGGCCGGAGUACUUCAUUGUUGCCGAGGCUCCUGGUGGUGAACUGAUGGGCUACAUAAUGGGGAAGGCGGAAGGAUCUGUGGCUCGUGAGGAGUGGCACGGUCACGUCACCGCUCUGUCGGUCGCUCCAGAGUUCAGAAGGCUCGGCCUGGCUGCCAAACUCAUGGAGAUGCUGGAGGAAAUCUCAGAGAGGAAGGGGGGAUUCUUUGUGGAUCUGUUUGUACGAGUAUCCAACCAAGUGGCGGUGAACAUGUACAAACGUCUGGGCUACAGCGUCUACAGGACGGUGAUAGAGUAUUACUCAGCUAGCAAUGGAGAACCUGAUGAAGACGCUUACGAUAUGAGGAAAGCUCUGUCCAGAGACACGGAAAAGAAGUCGAUCAUCCCACUGCCACAUCCCGUCAGACCAGAAGACAUCGAAUAACAGUAGACUGUGGCUCUCUGCUCCCUUUAUCCUGAUCAUCAGCUGUAAUGUUGUGAUUUCAGGUCCUGUUCAGUGACUUUGUACAUAGUUAAACUAUCAAACAGGCUGCUUACCCCAUUCUCAGUGCUUAUUAGUCAGAGAGCCACUGAUUGUACAAAAUGAUGAAUUGGAAAGUUUAAUCUCCUGUAUAUUCUAAAUGAACAUUUGCUUAAGAAAACACAACAAGUGAGUGAGUUGAUGUAUGUGUAAUGGCACAAAAAGAAAACAUACAAUAAAGACUGCUCAUGA